AGGUUUCUUUAAAAGCGAUUAGAGGGAAUAAUCCAAAAUGCCAGAAAAUCCUGCUGCAGAUAAACUGCAGGUGCUGCAGGUUCUUGAGCGCUUGAAGACGAAGUUGCAGGAGAAGGGAGACACGUCGCAGAACGAGAAGCUAUCUAUGUUUUAUGAGACACUGAGGAGUCCUCUCUUCAACCAGAUACUCACACUUCAGCAGUCCAUCAAGCAGCUGAAGGGGCAACUCAGCCAUUUACCCUCAGAUUGUUCAACCAACUUUGAUUUUUCUCGGAAGGGCUUGUUAGUAUUCACAGACAGUUCCAUCACUAAUGGAAGUGCGCACAGGCCCUCAAAUAACUCAAGUGUAUCUGGGUUAUUUCCUUGGACCCCAAAGUUGGGAGAUGAAGACUUCAACUCAAUCAUUCAACAGAUGGCUCAGGGCCGGCCGAUUGAGUAUAUAGAUAUAGAACGACCUUCUACCGGAGGUCUGGGAUUCAGUGUUGUGGCCCUGCGAGGUCAGCAUCUGGGAGAAGUGGAUAUCUUUGUGAAGGAUGUACAGCCAGGAGGUGUAGCAGACAGGGAUCACAGAUUAAAGGAAAACGACCAAAUAUUGGCCAUUAAUCACACGCCGCUGGACCAGAACGUUUCCCAUCAGCAAGCAAUUGCAUUGUUACAGCAAACCACUGGAUCUUUGUGUCUGGUUGUGGCUAGGGAACCAGUCCACAUGAAAAGUAGUGCUUCUACCAGCAGCCCAAGUGAGACACCUCUGCCUGAAACAGUUCGUUGGGGCCAUAUUGAAGAUGUUGAGCUCAUUAAUGAUGGCUCUGGAUUAGGUUUUGGAAUAGUUGGAGUAAAAUCCAGUGGCGUGGUUGUAAGGACUAUAGUUCCUGGAGGAUUAGCAGAUCGAGAUGGAAGACUCCAGACAGGGGACCACAUCUUGAAGAUUGGUGGCACAAAUGUCCAGGGGAUGACCAGUGAACAAGUAGCACACGUUCUAAGGAACUGUGGGAAUUCUGUCAGGAUGCUUGUUGCUCGAGACCCAGUUGGUGACAUUUUGGUAACCCCUCCUGCCCCUGCAGCACUACCUGUUGCCCUGCCUACUGUAGCCAGCAGGAGCCCUAGUCCUGAUGAUUCUCUUUUUGAAACGUACAACGUUGAACUCAUUAAAAGGGAUGGACAGAGUCUUGGGAUUAGAAUUGUUGGCUAUGUUGGAACACCUCAUAUGGGGGAAGAAUCAGGGAUUUAUGUGAAAAGUAUAAUACCCGGCAGUGCUGCAUACCACAAUGGCCACAUUCAAGUGAAUGACAAAAUAGUUGCUGUCGACGGUGUGAAUAUCGAGGGUUUUGCCAACCAGGAUGUCAUUGAAGUGUUACGGAAUGCAGGCCAGGUGGUGCAUCUCACUCUCGUCCGAAGGAAGCCAUCGGUACCUGCUUCUUCACUAGCAUGGCCUUCAGAUGGAGAAACCGUUGAACCACCACAAACACCAGCUCUCUUUCUAUCUGGAGCAGUGGAAACAGAAACUAAUUUAGAUUGUGAAGAUGAAGAAACUGAAGAAAGUAUGGAUAAUCUAAAAAAUGAGAACAUACAAGCCUUAGAAAAAUUGGAAAGAGCCCCAGACUUUCCAGAAAAUGAGCUGAAAUCCAGAUGGGAAAACCUAUUGGGUCCCGAUUAUGAAGUAAUGGUUGCAACCUUGGAUACACAGAUUGUAGAUGAUGCUGAAUUACAGAAGUAUUCAAAGCUGCUGCCUAUACACACUCUGAGGCUUGGCGUGGAAGUGGAUUCUUUUGAUGGGCACCAUUAUAUUUCUUCAAUUGCUCCGGGUGGUCCUGUUGAUACAUUGAGUCUCCUACAACCGGAAGAUGAGCUUCUCGAGGUCAACGGCGUGCAACUCUAUGGAAAAUCCCGCCGAGAAGCAGUCUCCUUUCUUAAGGAAGUGCCACCCCCUUUUACCUUGGUUUGCUGUCGGAGGUUGUUUGAUGAUGAGGCCUCUGUAGAUGAACCAAGGACCACUGAAGCUUCUGUUUCUGAGAUGGAGGCUGAUCACAAUGUAUAUGUCAAUAUCGAAGAAGAUGAUGAUGGGGAGUUAGCAAUGUGGUCUCCUGAAGUCAAGAUCGUUGAGUUGGUAAAAGAUCAUAAAGGCUUGGGAUUCAGCAUUUUGGAUUACCAGGAUCCUUUAGAUCCCGCAAGAUCAGUGAUUGUGAUCCGCUCCCUGGUCGCAGAUAGCAUAGCUGAAAGAAGUGGAGAACUCUUACCUGGAGAUCGCCUGAUCUCUGUCAACGAGUACUGUUUGGACAACAGCACCCUUGCUGAAGCUGUGAAAGUGUUGAAGGCUGUGCCGCCAGGCACAGUCCACCUUGGCAUCUGUAAGCCUUUGGGGGUAAAUGAUAAAGAAGAAGAAAGUUGUUAUGUUUUACAUUCAAGUAAUAAUGAAAGCAAGACUGAAUUUCCAAGAAUAAUUCAUGAUAUAAAUUCAUCUUUAAUACUCGAAGCACCAAAGGGAUUUAGAGAUGAACCAUAUUUUAAAGAAGAACUUGUGGACGAACCAUUCCUAGAUUUGGGAAGGUCUUUCCAUUCCCAACAAAAAGAGAUAGACAACAGCAAGGAGGCCUGGGAGAUGCAUGAAUUCCUGACUCCCAGAUUGCAGGAAGUGGGUGAAGAAAGGGAAAUGCUUGUUGAUGAAGAAUACGAUCUGUAUCAAGAUCACUUUCAGUCCAUGGAGUCCCAUCCCUCGGCACACAUUCCAGAGGCCGCUCUUGUGCCCUCCGUGAAGGACCUUCACUUUGGUACACAGUGGGUGCAUGCUGGUGAACCAGCUGAGCCUCAAGAAGGAAGACCCAUGAGGAGUGUCUACUCCCAGGAGACACAGCAGUAUGACCUUUGCUCUGAAAACAUGAUGAAAGAAAAUUUUGGCAUGGGAGAGAAUUUUGGCAUGGGUUCGCUGCCAUCCAUAACCUCAACUGAAGGCAACGGUCAACAAGGCAGAUUUGAUGAACUGGAAAAUCUUAAUUCAUUAGCAAAAAGCAGUCUGGAUUUAGGGAUGAUUCCGAAUGAUGUCCAAGGUCCUAGCUUGCUCAUUGACCUUCCUGCUAUGGCCCAAGAAAGGGAACAAGAAGAUUUGCCUUUAUAUCAACUCCCUGGGACCCGAGUUUUUUCAAAGGCCUCAGCACACACAGGAAUGUUGUCUUCUAGAUAUGCUACUGAUGCAUGCGAGUUACCUGAGAGAGAAGAAGGCGAAGGAGAAGAAACUCCAAACUUCAGCCACUGGGGACCCCCAAGAAUUGUUGAGAUUUUUAGACAACCCAAUGUGUCUCUUGGUAUCAGUAUUGUUGGUGGCCAAACCGUUAUAAAACGCCUGAAGAAUGGAGAGGAGCUUAAAGGAAUAUUUAUCAAACAAGUUUUAGAAGACAGUCCAGCAGGAAAAACAAAUGCACUCAAAACUGGAGAUAAAAUACUUGAGGUGUCUGGAGUGGAUUUGCAGAAUGCCUCCCACGGAGAAGCAGUUGAGGCCAUUAAGAAUGCUGGAAACCCUGUGGUGUUUGUUGUUCAGAGCCUGUCACCCACUCCAAGAGUCAUUCCUAGUGUACAUAACAAGGCCAGCAAAGCCACCAAUAACCAGGACCAAGAUACCAGAGAAAAAAAAGAAAAGCGACAAGGAACCGCUCCCCCUCCAGUGAAACUGCCUCCUCCAUAUAAAGCUCCUUCUGAUGGUAGUGAGGAAAACGAAGAAGAAUGUGCAUUUACUGACGAAAAAAUCAGGCAAAGAUAUGCAGAUCUGCCUGGAGAACUGCACAUCAUUGAACUUGAAAAGGAUAAGAAUGGACUUGGACUCAGCCUCGCUGGUAAUAAAGACAGGUCACGCAUGAGCAUAUUCGUGGUGGGAAUUAACCCGGAAGGACCUGCUGCAACAGAUGGGCGAAUGCGGGUUGGAGAUGAGCUGUUGGAGAUAAACAAUCAGAUCCUGUAUGGAAGAAGUCACCAAAAUGCAUCUGCCAUUAUUAAGACUGCCCCAUCAAAGGUCAAGCUGGUUUUCAUCAGAAACGAAGACGCGGUCAAUCAGAUGGCUGUUACUCCCUUCCCAUUACCAUCAAGCUCUCCGUCUUCUAUUGAGGAUCAGAGUGGCACUGAACCCGUUAGUAGCGAGGAAGAUGGCAGCCUCGAAGUUGGUAUUAAACAAUUGCCGGAAAGUGAAUGCUCCAGACUGGCUGCCAGCCAGAUGAAACAGCAAAAACAGCCUACGAAAGUCUCCUUCAGUUCACAAGAGAUACCACUCGCACCAGCUUUAACAUACCGUCCAGCAGAUGCAGACUUCACAGGACAUGGUGGUUUCCAGGCGCCCUUGUCAGUGGAUCCUGCGACAUGUCCCAUUGUCCCGGGCCAGGAAAUGAUCAUAGAAAUAUCCAAGGGACGCUCAGGACUUGGUCUUAGCAUUGUGGGAGGAAAAGAUACACCCCUGGAUGCUAUAGUGAUACAUGAAGUCUAUGAAGAAGGAGCAGCGGCCAGAGAUGGAAGACUUUGGGCUGGUGACCAAAUAUUAGAGGUUAAUGGGAUUGAUCUGAGGAACUCCCGCCACGAAGAAGCCAUCACAGCCCUGAGGCAGACCCCCCAGAAGGUGCGACUGGUGGUGUACAGAGAUGAGGCGCACUACAGGGACGAGGAGAACUUGGAGAUUUUCCCUGUGGACCUGCAGAAGAGAGCUGGCCGAGGCCUGGGCCUGAGCAUUGUUGGGAAACGAAAUGGAAGCGGAGUGUUUAUUUCUGACAUCGUGAAAGGUGGAGCCGCAGACCUGGAUGGGAGGUUGAUUCAAGGAGAUCAGAUCUUGUCUGUGAAUGAGGAGGACAUGAGAAAUGCCUCACAGGAGACUGUGGCCGCUGUCCUGAAGUGUGCACAGGGGCUUGUACAACUAGAGAUUGGAAGACUCCGGGCUGCUUCCUGGGCCUCCGUGAGGAAGACGUCACAGGACAGUCAGGGGAGUCAGCACAGCACACACAGCAGCUGUCGUCCUGCCUUUGCUCCAGUCAUGGCCAGCCUGCAGAACCUGGUCGGGACAAAAAGAGUUUCAGAUCCUUCCCAGAAAAAUGCAGGCACAGAUAUGGGACCCAGGACUGUUGAGAUCAUCAGGGAGCUCAGUGAUGCCCUUGGAAUCAGUAUUGCUGGAGGAAAAGGAAGUCCCUUAGGAGAUAUCCCUAUAUUUAUUGCCAUGAUCCAGGCCAGCGGAGUGGCUGCACGUACACAGAAGCUCAAAGUUGGAGAUCGGAUUGUCAGCAUCAAUGGGCAGCCCCUCGACGGGCUGUCUCACACAGACGUGGUUAAUCUGCUGAAGAACGCCUACGGACGCAUUAUCCUGCAGGUUGUAGCAGAUACCAAUAUAAGUGCCAUAGCAUCUCAGCUUGAGAGCAUGUCUACCGGCUGCCACCUUGGCUCUCCCUCUGUCGAACACCUCCCGGAAGAUGCAGAAACACCUCCACCUAAGAUUAUUACUUUGGAGAAAGGCUCUGAAGGCUUGGGGUUUAGUAUUGUAGGGGGUUAUGGAAGUCCCCAUGGAGACCUGCCAAUUUAUGUCAAGACUAUAUUUGCAAAGGGAGCAGCUGCAGACGACGGCCGAUUAAAACGAGGUGAUCAGAUUUUAGCUGUUAAUGGCCAGACCCUGGAAGGUGUCACUCAUGAGCAAGCAGUCUCCAUUCUAAAACACCAGAGAGGGACUGUAACCUUAACUGUGCUGUCGUGAGCGCGGGCCCGAUCGCAAGAUAGCUGUUGUUUAGAAUGUCCACAGGAAGAUCUGGGUGGGGAUGGACACAGCCUCGGCUAAGAUUCACCUCCGUGCGUUCAUCUCACCCUCUCUGCUCAGGAGCAGUGGCUGAGGGUUCACGUGAAUUUCCCAAACCCACACUCAUCUCCUUAUGUUUCCCGGCUUCUGUCACCUCUCAGUGGGAUUCAUUUCUAGCACUCAAGUGAGUCUUAUCUGAUUUGCAUUGAACAUCAGUGUUUCCCAACUAGCAGACACUGCUUCUGACUGUAUUUGCUGCAACAGAAGUUACCAACUUCUCGUUCCUUACGCCUCUCUCUCCCUAUCCCUCACUCAUACAGAGGUCUGACAGCAGCCUCACCUCUCAUCCGAUGAACAGAAACAUGUUAAGCAACUUGUCAUCUCAUUCAUGAUUUGCUUAUGCUAAUUAUCUCUUCAAGUAAGCCAGAAAACAUUAGCAAUGUAAUUAAUUUACCAGUAAACCCCUUGAUGAAAUACCAGAUUCUCCUGUGGGAAAUUACUGUGCUAUAAUCUGUAUGACUUAUAGUCAAAUAAGUCUCAAAUUCAUUUCUCUGGAUAGAUCUUUAUAUGUUAGUCGUCGGUGAUUUUUGAUGAGUCAAUUUACAGAUUGUAAUCGUCUAAAGAUUCCGAAAAGCUUUCUAGUUGUUUUCUGAGCUAUAUAAAUGCAUACCACUGAGCAAAUUCACCUUAUUGUCAACAGGAACAACUUGCAUCCCUGUUCUGAAUUCUAACAAUGCUAAAUUAGGUUCGAGUCCAGGAAGCUCAUCUGGAAUCAAUGAUGUUUCAGUAGGCAGGCAUCAUUCCCACCCCCUCACCCUUCAGACAAAGAGGUGGAAACCCCAGAACCACGCUGCAGACAUUAGCAAGUUUUGCCCCAAGUCGGACAAGGCCUGGGUGACCUUGGCCUUGUGAAGAGUGGAGUGACAUGUUUGAUUAUCCUUCCCUUUACCUCUGUGCCAGCCAUUCCAGCCGCACGAACUGCAGGAACCCAGAUGGGGCAACAGGCAAAGUGAGCAAAUGAACUGAGUGUAGGAGCCAGCACUGGUAUUUCCAGGUCUCCAGGGAGACACCUCUUUGCUGAAGUUUUUGCAUGCUAAGAAAGCCACUACAGCAGAAAAUAGAAGAAUAUCUUUAAAGUUGAUCACAGGCAUUCUUAUUCACACAUUAGCAGGAAAAAGGGAAAGAUGCUUACCAGUGGAUGCUUUAGAAUCUUCUGUUUAAAAUGUACCAUGAAGGAUGAGCACCAGGGUCAUUAAUAGAAGUAGUUCGGCAUUAUUUAACUACAACACAAUGCUGCAAAUGUUUCACAGUAAUUAUCAAAAUUUAAUGGGCUCUAAUUUAAAAUGUUAUUUAAUGAGUAUAGAUUUUAAUUGAGAAUUAUCUUUGAGUAGGUGUAAUCACAAAGUGCAUUAACUCUUGCUGGAAUAUUUUAUGGCGAUUCCAAAGUAUAGAGUGCCUAAAUUUUAUGUUAAAACUGUCUUUCAUGACUGAUAUUAAGUUUUCUGAAAUUGCACACAGCUCUUGAGAUUUCUAAUGUAUUCAAGAUAUGGGACGUUGUUAGGAUAUCGUCUUUCAGUGCAUAAGAAGGAGGCCACCAGCCUCAGAACCUUCCAUGUUAAUUGGACCUGCAAGAACACUUCCGGCAAGCCAAGAAGAAAUGAAACUUGAACAUGCACCUUAGAAAUGCCUAUAAUAGUCUUGAAGUGCGAUUCUGCUUGAUUAUGAUGGAAUGGCCAUUAAAUGCACAUUUUGAAAUAAUACAUUGUUGUUGUGUUUCUUUACACAUUAUCCUUUUAGGUCAUGCUUUCCAAAAGUUUAUCUAUAAAGGAAUUGUGAUGCUUUAUACUCCCUGCUGCAGUAAAUUCACAGAGCUAGUGCUUUUCAUAACUGGUUGUGUCUCUGCCUGCAUGACUAACAAAUAAUUGCCUUUCCAGAAAGAUAUUUUUGCAUCAGAACUGACAAGCCAAGAGGAUAUGAUGAUAGGUGAAAAAAGUCGUUCUCUUAUAGUUGGUCUCAUCAUCAGGGCCAUUUACGUAUAGUAAUGAUAUCGCUAAUUGGAAUUAACAUGAGAGGGCAAUCAACCAGGAAACAUAAAACUUCCGAAUGUUUGUAUGUAUAUGAUUCUAAAUAAAUGUAGUCGCCUACAGA